UGCAUCUCCAUUUCAUGCCGGCAAGCAAUGCUAAAGUUGACGAAAUAGCGACCUUAUAAAUAGCAAUCGAUUAGCUGGCAAAGUAAAUCCCCGCAAGAUCAGGAUGGUGGUGCGGCCGUACAACGAUGAGCUCAAGUACCUGGAGAAGGUGAGCGACCACUGCUGGCGGAUCAAGAAGGGCUUCCAGCCAAACAUGAACGUGGAGGGGUGCUUCUACGUGAACAGUCGCCUGGAGCGCUUGAUGCUGGAGGAGCUGAAGAACUCCUGCCGUCCGGGUGCUGUGGGUGGCUUUCUGCCGGGCGUGAAACAGAUAGCCAAUGUGGCUGCCCUGCCGGGCAUCGUGGGUCGGUCCAUUGGACUGCCGGACAUUCAUUCCGGCUAUGGAUUCGCCAUUGGCAAUAUGGCCGCCUUCGAUAUGGACGAUCCCCUGUCCGUCGUAAGUCCCGGCGGCGUGGGCUUCGACAUCAACUGUGGCGUCCGUCUGCUGCGCACCAAUCUGUACGAGAAGGACGUGCAGCCGGUGAAGGAGCAACUGGCCCAGUCACUGUUCGAUCACAUCCCCGUGGGCGUCGGCUCCAAGGGCAUCAUCCCGAUGAAUGCCCGCGAUCUGGAGGAGGCCCUCGAGAUGGGCAUGGACUGGUCGCUGCGGGAGGGCUAUGUCUGGGCCGAGGACAAGGAGCACUGCGAGGAGUACGGUCGAAUGCUGAAUGCCGAUCCCGCCAAGGUGAGCAUGCGGGCCAAGAAGCGCGGUCUGCCGCAGUUGGGCACCCUGGGUGCGGGCAAUCAUUACGCAGAGAUCCAGGUGGUGGACGAGAUCUACGACAAGUGGAGUGCCUCCAAAAUGGGCAUCGAGGAGACGGGCCAGGUGGUGGUGAUGAUUCACUCGGGCAGCCGAGGCUUCGGCCACCAGGUGGCCACCGAUGCCCUCGUGCAGAUGGAGAAGGCCAUGAAGCGGGACAAGAUCGAGACCAAUGACCGACAGCUGGCCUGCGCCAGGAUCAAUUCGGUAGAGGGUCAGGAUUACCUGAAGGCCAUGGCAGCGGCCGCGAACUUCGCCUGGGUCAAUCGCAGCUCCAUGACAUUCCUCACCCGCCAGGCCUUCGCCAAGCUGUUCAACACCACACCGGAUGAUCUGGACAUGCAUGUCAUCUACGAUGUCUCCCACAACAUUGCCAAGGUGGAGAACCACAUGGUGGACGGCAAGGAGCGCAAGCUGCUGGUCCACCGCAAGGGCUCCACGCGCGCCUUUCCCCCACAUCAUCCUCUCAUCCCGGUGGACUACCAGCUCACGGGACAGCCCGUCCUGGUGGGUGGCACCAUGGGCACCUGCAGCUACGUUCUGACCGGAACGGAGCAGGGCAUGCAUGAGACCUUCGGCAGCACCUGCCACGGAGCGGGUCGCGCCUUAUCGCGUGCCAAAUCCCGCCGUAAUCUGGACUACAAGGAGGUGCUGGACAAGCUGGAUCAGAUGGGCAUUGCCAUUCGCGUGGCCUCGCCCAAAUUGGUCAUGGAGGAGGCCCCUGAAUCCUACAAGGACGUCACCGAUGUCGUGGACACCUGUCACGCUGCGGGCAUAAGCAAAAAGUGCAUCAAAAUGCGACCUAUUGCGGUUAUCAAGGGCUGAUCUUAAAAUGCGACCUAUGGCGGUUAUCAAGGGCUGAUCUUAUUUAUUUUUGUGAUUAAAUCAAUAAAGAUUUAUAAUUAUA